AUGGAGACAGAGAAGGAAAUAGGAAUAGAGAGUGAUGAGCAGGGAGAUAAAGGAAAGAGAAGAGAAGGCGAAGGGGAGAAGAAAGCAAGAGGCAGGCCUACAAAGGCGGAGAAGCUUGCCAAACAAAGAGGAAGAACGGACAGCCUAGGAUCGGUCAAAGAUCUCAUCCAGAAAAGAAAAAGAAAAGAGAUAGAGGAAGAAACGGCUAGAGCAGAAAAAGAAAUUCCUGAAAAAUUUAACGAUGCAAGAAGGGUCAACAGAUCACCGCCAGCUAAGAUUAAAAAAGAAGAAAAGGGUAAAGGAAACAUAGCGGCAGAAGAUCUGUUAAAGGAGAUAUUAAGGAAAAUGGAGGAACAAGAGAAGGAAAAAAAAGAUAAAAAGGAAAUAAAAAACGAAAUUAAGGGAUUAAAGGAGGAAUUGAAGAGGAGCGAGGAAAUAUGGGAGAAGCAGAGAGAAGCGCUAGAAGAAAGGGUAAAAAAGCUAGAAGAGAAAAUAGAGAAGAUAGAAGUGAAGAACGCAGAAGAGAAUAGAGGCAGGGAGUUGAUAGAGAAAAUUAAGGAGAUAGAAAGAAGUAUGGAGAUGACGGAGAGAAGAAGGAGGAGAAACAACAUAAUCGUGAAAGAGGAGAAGGUAGGAAACGACAAGGAACGGAAAAAGAAAUUCGAAAAACUGAUGAAAGAAUUAAACAAAACAAAAGGGAUCAUUGAAGAAAUACAAAAAAUAGGAUAUUGCUCGGGGGGCGGUAGAGCCGUACCCGAAUUAGCGAGAAAGCGAACUCGAAGGACCAGGGGAGGUGUGUAA